AUGAUCCUGGCGGAGGUCGACAAGGACCGCGCCAAUGCCGCGGUGCGCCCGAUGCUGCCGCCGGUGCACCAGCCCCUGGUGGUGCCUGCGCACCAGCCGACCAGCAUGCCGGCCACGCUGUCCGAGUCGAUCGCACGCGCCAAGGCCGCGGCGGAGGCCAUCAAGCUCGGCCUCGUCACGGUCGACCAGCCCGGGGGCACCAUGAUGCCGCCGCCGCCGCCCACGCUGGGCGGCCAGCUCGGGUCCAUGCCGCCGCCCCCGAUGCACCAGCCGCCGCCCCCGCUGACGCGGCCCCCGUCGAUGCAGCCGAUGCCCGCAGGCGGAGGCCAGUGGACGGUCUGGUGA